UUUAGAAAAUGCGACCGGAAAAGGGAGCUGAGUUUACCUUACACAUAUUUUCUUACUUCCUAACUGCUGAGAGGGUAAAGUAUAUAUUGAUGACUCUUGAUUAGUCUCCUACAUGGCGGCUAACAGCGAUUUCCUCUUAACAUUUCAAGAAUUUGACAGUUCUGAGAGCCAUUUGGGAGGGAACGGAGAUGCGACUACCAUCAGUAUCGAGGACACAGGGGCAGGAAGUCAUAAACCUCAGAAACAGAGGAGAUCUGCACCGGUGACAUCCUUCGAAGAGGACAAUGACCCAUUGGCUAAUGACGACAAGACUGAGCUGUUGUCUGGGCAGAAGAGAAGUGCUCCUUUCUGGACCUUUGAAUAUUAUCAGACAUUCUUUGACGUAGAGACACACCAGGUGAGAGAGAGAAUCCUGGGGUCGUUAUUGCCAUGGCCAGGGAAGAACUUUGUCCAUCUCUACAUCUGCAACAACCCUGAUCUUUAUGGUCCCUUUUGGAUCUGUGCUACUCUGGUUUUUGUCAUCGCCAUCUGUGGAAACAUUUCUGACUUCCUGUUUUACCUGGGGGAACCACAGUAUAAAUACGUCCCAGAGUUCCGGAAAGUGACCAUUGCGGCCACGGCGAUCUACAGCUAUGCGUGUCUGGUUCCCCUGGCCCUGUGGGGCCUGCUGGUCUGGAGGAACUCCAAGGUUAUGAACGUAGUUUCUUACUCAUUCCUGGAGAUCGUCUGUGUCUACGGAUACUCCCUGGCCGUCUACAUACCUGCUGUGGUGUUGUGGAUCAUCCCGUACGAGGCCGUUAGGUGGUUUUCCAUUGUUGUGGCUCUCUGUCUCUCUGGUUCCAUCCUGGUCUUGACCUUCUGGCCCGCCGUCCGUGACGACCAGCCCCGGGUUGCCAUAGCGAUCAUGACGGCCAUCGUGGCGCUCCACAUCCUCUUGGCGUUCGGUUGUAAGGCUUACUUCUUCAGUACGUUGGAGGUUGAACACACUGCUGUUGAUGCUGUGGUGGGCCAUGGAACCAAGUCGUCUCCAACCAUGUAGAUGCACAGAACUAAUACAAUGUCCUGAGGUAGAAUCAAGUUGCCGUGGCGAUGGUGUCAUGGUGUCGUCUUGGUUACCGACCUGCUGCACCGACCUUGCCUGGGUGGGUCUUCCUGCUAAAGCCCUUUAAGACACAGUAACGUGUUACAGCACGACACACACACACACACACACACACACACCUGGAUUGUAAUCAUUUGGUACCAAAAGGAAGAAAAUGGUCUGAAACAAUAAUAAACGCAUAUUUGCGUUUUCCGUUGCACAGUGUUUUAAAAUGUUUUUCAUGUGUAUGUACUAAUGAACACGACCCUGGUCCGAAGACCUGGGUUAUUUACCAAAUGGCACCCUAUUCCCUAUAUAGUGCACUGCUUUAGACCAGGACCCCUAUAAUGCACUAUAGAGGGAAUAGGGUGCCAUUUGGAACUUCUGGAAACGGACACUGGUGGUGACAACAGAAUGUUUUUUCUAAUGGGAUGGUGUCUGAACUGUCUGCCUUAACGAUAUAGAACUAAAAAUGAGUAGUGUUACUGGGUAGAGCCAGUCCCUUCCUUGUUUAACUAGUCAUAGUUUUACUGUUAUAUAUAUAACUAUACAACUUGAUAUUGAUAAGACACUGUUCACAAAAAAAAUGUCAUUUGAAAGACGCUUCUUUGUAUUAAAAUGUUUUUCAUUGUUA